UUUAAUCUUCUAGAGGAAACCUCCCAGCCGGCACAAUGUCUGAAACAGGUCCAGGGAGAUGACAUUUCAGACAUACAGCACCUUCUGGAUAAUCAGCCCAGCACUCCUAAAGCAAAGCGGCAGAAGCAAGAUACGGGAGUUGUGAAGCGUCUUUUCAAUGCAUCCCAAACUCAGGAGAGGAACGACCCGUCACAGGAUGAUAACAUCACACCUCCAUCCUCCCCUGAGCAUUAUGAGCCGUCAAACACCUUCAGAUCUACUCCUGCUGUGUUGGACAUCAGUGGCUUGGCUGAGAUCCCAGGGACACCCAGGCGGCCCGUCACAUCGCCCCCACCAUCCAGGUGUGUUCUGAGGCGCCCGCCUUUGGAGGGAGACUUCAUUAGUGUGACGGACUCAUCAGGAAAUCGGGUCUACCUCCGACAGAAGGGAGAAGCAGAUACAAAGACUGUGAACUCAAGAAUAUUGCCAAACUCCCAUGGUGCACUGGGGCUGCUGGCGUUGCCAGUAAGAGUGCUGAGAGAACAGGAGGCUGAGAGGCGUCACCAGCAGGUUGUUGAGUCACAGCGUCUUCCUGAGCUGCUGGUCAGCAGUCUAAACGAUGCAUUUACUGACUCUGGAAACACCGAGGACCAUGAGAACGAGGAUCCCCAAGACGCCGAGGGACAAACAUCCCAACUGUGGGUGGAGAGAUUCUCACCGCGUCACUACACAGAUCUCCUCAGUGAUGAUUUCACUAACCGGUGUCUGCUGAAGUGGCUGAAGCUGUGGGACAACGUGGUGUUUGGAAGGGAGAGGAAAUCCCGCCCUGUUCGCUCCGACAGACAAUCAGCCAAUCAGAACCCAUUCAAACUCAGCCAGGGAAGUCAGAAUCCAAACCGCUUCAAGAGUAAAAUGGACAUGACUGAGGAAAUCCUGGAGGCUGAACUGGACCAGUACAAACGACCCAAAUACCGGGUGGCGCUACUGUCUGGACCUCCCGGUUUAGGGAAGACCACCUUGGCUCAUGUCAUAGCAAAGCAUGCUGGGUACAAUGUGGUGGAAAUCAAUGCCAGCGACGAUCGGAGUGCAGAGGUCUUCCAGAAACGCAUCGACACGGCAACUCAGAUGAAGUCGGUUUUAGGAGCCAACGAGAGGCCCAACUGCCUGAUUAUUGACGAGAUUGACGGAGCGCCGGCGGCGGCCAUCAACAUCCUUUUAUCAGUGCUGAACAGGAAAGACACACACGGUGGGGACACUGGGACAGAGACGGCCAAGAAGAAAAAGAAGAAGGAGUCUGUACUUCUUCGCCCAAUCAUCUGCAUCUGUAAUGACCUUUAUGUUCCUGCUCUCAGACCUCUCAGACAACAAGCUUUUCUUCUGGCUUUCCCACAAACUCAGCCUUCUCGCCUCUCUCAGAGAUUGGCAGAGAUCUCCACGCUGCAGGGCCUGAAAGCAGACACAGGUGCUCUGAUGUGCUUGUGUGAGAAGACAGAUAAUGACAUCCGCUCCUGCAUCAACACACUACAGUUCCUGCAUGGACGUGGCUUGAAGCAGCUGGACUCCAGAAUCAUCCAGAGCGUCUCUGUUGGGCAGAAGGACCAGAACAAAGGCUUGUUCUAUCUGUGGCAGGAGAUCUUUCAGAUACCACGUACUAAACGAAAACGUAUUGGCAAAGGCUUUGAAGAGGCGCCUGGUUCAGGAAGUGGCUUUCAGAGGUUCCAGCAUAUUCUGCACCUCGCUUCAUCAAGUGGGCAAUAUGAAAAGAUCUCUCAGGGCCUAUACGAUAACUAUUUGUCAGUGAGAGUGAGGGACCCCAACCUGCAGAGUGUGUCCGAGGCUCUGGAUUGGCUGAUAUUUUCUGACAGGCUGAAUGAAGUGAUUCUGCAUGGACAGAACUUCUCCUUGCUGAGAUAUCUGCCCUUCCUGUCUGUGAUGUUUCACUUCCUGUUUGCCCACACGCAUGUGCCUCGCAUCAGCUAUCCUCACAGCCACCAGGAGGCCACCUCUCGCCUCCUCAGCAGCAGGAACGCUCUGUCCACCAUGUUGGCUGACAUCCCGGCAAGCAUCAGAUCCAGGAUUGGCCAACUCCACCUCACUCUAGAUGUUCUGACGAUGCUUCUUGAUAUCAUCUGUCCAAAACUACGACCUGUGAAUCCUCAGCUUUUUAGCAGCAGAGAGAAGGAAUUGAUGCGAGAGCUGAUCAACACCAUGCUGGCUUACAACCUCUCAUACAGGCAGGACCGCACACCUGAGGGCCAGUACACCUUCAUGCUGGAGCCUCGUGUGGAGGAGGUGGCGCGGUUUCCGGGCCUGCUGCCGCGUCGCCAGCUGACUUACCAGGCCAAACAGACCAUCAGCAGAGAAAUGGAGCAGGAGAAGAUGAGAAGAGCUGAACAGAUGAUGCUUCAGAGGAACCCUGCUACGAAAGAGGAAGAAAAAAAGAGUGCAGGUCCGAAACCAACCAAGAACCAUCAGCAGAGGUUGGAGAACAUUGUGAAACAGACAACAGUGGAGACCAGGCCGGAGGUGGAUUUCUUCGGUCGAGCCGUCGGCCCCAAACCUCAGAGGCCCCUGCUGUCCUCAGACUCAGGUGAGAAGUGUGCUGUUGUUGCGAUGGGAACAGCCGUGGGAAACAGUGAUGUGUGGUUCCGUUUCAACGAAGGCAUGUCUAAUGCGGUCAGACGCAAUGUUUACAUCAGAGAGCUUCAGUAGCACUCCUCCUGCAUAAAUUGAUCGACAUCAACGUGUUUUGUUAAUUCAAAUAGUGUUUAUUUGGAUUGACAGUGCAGAGACAAAAAAAGAACAUUGCAAAACCCAAGGAAAGAUGUUCCAUGUUGCACACUCAGUCUGACACAUCAAGAAACAGCAUCCAGAAAUCUCCAAAUAAAUAAACAGAAAUGAAA